CUGCAGAAUUCUUCUCAACGUCACGAUAUUGGAUCUCUGAAAGCUCAUAUUUUUCCUAUUCAUCUGCAAUUUAGGAACUUCAUCGAUAUCCGAGAAAAGGAGAGGGAUCCAAAACGUGAUAACGACCACGGUCGUUCAUUAAUGAAUAGACGAAAUAAUGAGGCAGGAAGAAAGAUUUUGAAACGUCACACGGCUCCGAAAUGCAAAUGUCAUGGUGUAUCAGGAGCUUGUAAUCUGAAAACUUGCUGGAUGCAAUUGCCAACAAUGCGACAAGAUCCUGGAGGCAGAAGGAAGACGAGGGCGCUGCCAACUGACCUCGUUUUUAUGGACGAUUCACCAGAUUACUGUAGGCCAGACCGAGCAGCCGGGACUUUGGGCACACAGGGACGAAUUUGCAGGCGAGGUUCUGAUGGAGCAGACGGUUGCGAUUCGUUAUGUUGUGGACGAGGCUAUAACACUUACACUGUUGAGCAGACCACAAAGUGCAAUUGCAAGUUUGAAUGGUGCUGUAAGGUGGUGUGUCAAAUGUGCACGAACACCACACAAGUCGAUAUUUGUAAAUAA